CCUGCGCGUGUAAGUGUGGUUAUCUUCAUCCCUAGAAUUCGGCGUCCACUCGAGGAAACUGUAAAUUACCAAUACGAAAAAAGUAAAAAUCAGCAUUGCAAUGACGUCGCCACACUCGGAGACUCCUCUGCGUCGAUCUGCGGAGGGCAGCUACCGCAAAAACGACGAGGCCGAGCGGCAAGAGGCACACCGGCGCACACCGCUGGUGCAGCAGGACACUCGCAAGAGUUCAGCUCUCGAGUCCAUCGAGGAGAACGAGACGAUACGCUCCUGCUUGGAUCUGUACAACUGCAAUAAGCUGAGCAAAGACAAUGUCUCGUAUACGUCGUUAAUUGAUACACUAGCCAAUCUAAUGGAUUGCCAUCACAAACAGCUGAACAAUUUCAAGAUGGCUGGCUAUUCGCUGGAGGCCUCGGGCAAGGUCUACGGCCUGCGUGUAGACUCAAUCUACAAAGAUGCAUUGCGUAUAUCGGCGGGAUUGAAUGCUCGCCCCCUGAAGGGCUUACCUGAGGGACCUCCAGGUGAUGGCGAAGAUGCCGAUGCGGCUCCCAAUCAACAACAGCAGGCGGCACCUAAGCCCAAGCGCCAGAAAAGGAAUUUAUCAACGGUGACAAAGAACAAGGAAACAUUGAAUGCGCGUUUGGACAUGGUGCCCAUGCAGGAAGCGAUAUUUGGGAAGCUCAAUUCGACGGUGGGCUCCCUCGAUGCCUCCGCUCGAAUGAUACACAACAUUCUGCCCAGCGUGGACUUUGAGAUGCGGCUACGACCGACCAACAAAAUCUGUGAUGACACCGAGGAGACGGAUGAGCUCAUGGACAGCGAAACGCUGAGUGCUGGCACCAAGGAAUGGACCAAUGAAGAGUUGUGCAAUGCGGAAUGGCUGCCUAAGCUGUACAACCAUAUCGUCAAACUAAAUCUGCGGCCACUCCACACGGGCUACGUGAUAACCAGUGCUCCCAAUCCCAAGCCACAGUCGGGAUCUAUUUCAGAGCGGCCUGAUGUCUUGACUGAAAAAUGA